AUGAGCAAAAUCGAAGAAGCCGCACCUCCCCCACGGGAGCAGGCGGGAGGGAGCAUGGGAUCUGAUGCCGUCCCACCAGGAGCAGGAGGAGGAGGUUCUGCAGCGGCGCAAACGCAACCAGGAGACGACAAGAGUAAACCUUCUUCCAGGCCAACAAGUCGGGAAAGGGAAGCGAAUAGAAAACGAAAUCUCAUGCUCAAGUUCCGAGACUCCCUUCGUGGCCCGGUGCUGGAGAAGAUGUAUAGUGCGCAGAUUGUCGGGCCUUCAACGACGUAUGACGUGGAGAAAUGGGUAAAAUAGUAGAGAACAAUUUGCGACGUGGUUUGCAUCAUCUUUUACUCACUGAAGUUGACUAGUACAUCAAUCGCUUUCUUUGCUAGCGUCUUGAGAUUGAUGGCAUGUGCGUUAUGAAUUUCUGACCUCCAACCUGCACGGGCUAGUAGUACAAGAACACAGCUAGUAGUAUUCCUAUCAAUAGAAGAACAAGAAGUACUUAAACACGUCCUCCAGGUCCGUCGCAUUUUCCAAAUGGACCCGCUCGGCGCGCUGAAGCAAAUGCGCGACCUAGGCGCGGUGCAGACCUCUGGGGGCGAGAUAAUGCACGUGGAUGCGCAGAAGCAGAAGGAGGGCACACGGCGGAAAAACACCGCGAAUCUGAAAGCAAAACCCUUCACGCCCGACGAGCGAAAGUCCAUCGACGUAUGCAAGACAAGUUGUUUCCCGUACAGGCACACGACGUACAGCAACAGCACUAGCACAACGCAUAAACAAAAUUUUUAGCAACUUAAAAGCCAAGACUUGUCAUGCUAAACACAAUACGCACUGAGAAUUCGAAUUGUUGUCAUGAUGCAGGACUCUCAAGAUUUGUAGAUGUUCGUGUACGGUCGGGAAUAAACUCACUGUGGAUACGACACGCACAUCGCUGCCCGGGUAAAAACGCUCGUAGCAAAGGUGAAUACGGAAUUUGCGCAUGAAAACAAGUAUUUGAAAAGGCUACGGGAGGACGCGGGGCUGGAUUCCCCGGAGGACGAAGAGGCGAAGUUGAGUCCGAAGAGAGGCGUGAUAGAAGAGGACGAAUCUCCAGCGGCGAUAGCACAAAAGCAAGAAAUUCUUCGGCACAUCGAGGUCGUGGAGUUACGGUAAUUAUAUCGUGGAAUUCGAGAGAAACUGUUCAUCUUCACAUGAUCCAUAGGGUCGUGGUCGCUGAAAAUAAGUUCGAAUUCCCCAUCAAACAUGUGAUGUAGAUGAGUAGUACUGGCUGCGAAGGACGAUCAGGUACUACCGUCAGAUGAUGAACUACAACUUUUUCUUCACGGCAAGAAUUCUUCUGAAACCAGGCUCGCCAACCUGAAGCGGCAGGUGUUGAAGAAGAAGCUCGAGGAAGAAAUUUUGCUGUUCAUUCAGGAGGCGGAGCAACUCGUCUAUGACCAGAGAUUUGAGGACGAAAAGAAGCGAGCUGACCGUGCGGACGCGCAGUGGGGCGCUUUGUUCGCGAACAUGAAGAGCGGGAAGACCAAGAAAGUGGAUGACGUAUGUUGAUUUGCAUUUGCCUACUUUAUUUAAACUUUUUUGUCCUGAUGCGCACCACCACCACCUGUACGGCGACGGACACCGAGGAGACAUAAAUUUAAAUGCUUUAUUGCAUGGUGUUACUUUUUCAAAUUCAUUCUGCACCUGAUGAAAUUCCUCUCAGGCUGAAGCCGCCGGCGGUCGAAGAUUUGACCGGAAGAUUGAGCUGAAAAAGAACAACGUGCAACCCUUGCCGGUGCAGACCAUGUCCACCGUCUACGACUACAUUCACGCUCGGUACGUGCUAGAAGGCAGCAGAAGCAGCUUGAAAAAAGCAAAAGCGGAGCGGGAACGGCAAGCGCUGCUGAAGAGUCGAAAAAUGGAUGGAAGACGAACGGCCUCGGCGGGGGCUUUUUGAUGAAAAGGAUGGGCGGAAUAAAGCCGAAGAAGGUGAAAGAGCGCCGAGCUGUCCCUCUUGAUAAUUGACGUAAGAGUUUCAUCAGUUUCGUAUUUAUUUCGUAUAUAAGUUUCACGAUUUACAUUUAAUCUAUCAAUGACAAUCACAAUGUCAAUGAGCAUCAAAAUUUCUUUGAUGUUCAUUGCGGCCAAGUAGAAGCGCGCCAAUUGGAAUAAAUGUCAAUACAUUUUGUUUUGAAAGUACUUGGUGGAGCAGAAUACUAUCUUGUACUAAACUUCUGAACAAACUACCGACUGUACACGAGCUUGUAGAUGAUCACGCACCUGUACUAGUACUUGUAUCAUCGCAUAAAAUGUUGAAUGAAGAAGAGCCGAGUCAUACU